AUGGUCCGCCCGUCCACGUUUUUGAUCUUUAGCCUGUUCGGCUCAGCUCUUGCUGUCGCCGCGCCGCAGUUUGACCAAGGGGCGGAGUUACGCAAGUCAGAAUGUGAUAAUGGCUGUUUCGAUGACAGCUUCCCUGGCGGUUCAUGUACCAAUGAUCCAGCCUGUAUGUGCACCCAGAAGAAGUACCGCGAGGCCUAUUUCUGCUGUAUGGCCAAGAAAUGUGAUGCAGAUGUUAUGCCUGAAUCUGUCGAGCGCCAACAUACAGAAUGCCAGGCCAGGAACCUCGACUUCACCUUUGACGCUGAGAAACUUUGCGGUAUCAAGUUAGAGGCGACCAGUACCUCUGCUGCUUCGUCAACCACGAGACAUGCCGGAACUACUUCGCACGUUUCACACGGAUCUUCAGCGACAUCGGCCUCGGCCUCUACGACAUCAGAUGCAGAAACCACCAGUAGCACCGAGGGUGCUGAGAGUGCUUCAAGUACUGCUCAGGAGUCAUCUACAGGUGGCGCAGCCCCUGUGACUGACAGUGCACCACGGUUGGGUGCCCCUCUUGGGGUACUGAGUGUGCUAUUCAUGGUCUUUGGGAUGCUUCUCUAG